GGAAUCGAUGGGAUCCAAUCCAAGGAUAGAACCACACACCCAACCCCAACCCAUCAACUUCCCAGCUUAGUGCCGCCCUCCACUAUCAACGACCAACAUCAUCCCUUUCCAAACGCCCCGAUAGACCACAGUCCCCAUUCUCUUCUCUUUGGCGCGCAACAUAGGUACUCCGGUCGACUUUUGUCACGCAUCUAUCUGCCUUUGCUCUUAUCGCUGCCACCUUCGCCAUUUUCGAGCGGUACGCGCGGUCGCCUGCAACCCCCUUGGCCCCAACACUCCAACCUCAGCCCCAGAGGACUCGUAGUCCUUCGUGCCUAUUGAGGUUACUGUCACCUUGCGUAAAACAACAUCGUCAACGACAGGUCUAAGCUCUAUAGGCGACAGAUCGCGGUAGGCAGCCAGCUUUGUCCGCCUUGUUAACCAAGGCUCUGCCUCUAUAUCAUGGGUACUCGUCGACUGACCACAUCAACCACGAUGCCAGAUUUUCCAAGGAAGUGGAUAUUACUGUUCCAAGUUAUAUUAUUAGUUUUAUACGAGGCCGCCUUUGUCGCCCGUCUUGCGUUAAUCCCAUCCCACCCUCCACCGCGUCUACGAACUGGACCUCCAGCCCGAAUCUGGAUCUCAUCCUGAACCUGAACCUGCGCCGCACGAUCGACCUAGCCGCUCCGUCCCUGUCCCGCGAUCGCUGAACCUGUCCAUUACGUUUCCGCCCCUCUGGUCCCCUGUUGCUAUGGCCUCUUCCUCCUUCAGAGAUUCGAUAAACUCCCUCGGCUGGAGUCGCCGUGAUGAGCCAGUAAAUACUGCUCAGCAGAGCGGGUUACUCUCCUCACUUCAGAGUUUGAAUCCCUUCCAAGGAGGCAGCGGUUAUGUCCGUCUACCUACCACCGAAAGCUCCGGCGCACCUCUCCCUGCGCCCACUCGACGUGAAGAAGAGGAAGGAUGGUUUGUUCUUAGUCGAUGGGAUCGCUUGUUGAUCUUUGGGGCUUGUAACCUCGCUGCUGUGGCAUGUUUCGUCAUCUGCUUCACUCUAUUCCCCGUACUCUCUCUCAGGCCACGCAAGUUUGUCAUAUUAUGGUCGGUUGGAUCACUAAUGUUCCUGGCCUCCUUCGCUGCGGUAAUGGGCCCCAUGAACUACGUUUAUCACCUUCUUUCGACACCUCGACUGCCGUUUACUGCGGCGUACUUCGGCUCUAUCACGUUAACCCUGGUGUUUGCCUUGAAGCUUCACAGCACCAUUCUCACCUUAUUCUCCGCUCUCGUUCAACUUGCCUGUCUGCUCUGGUACUUGAUCAGUUACUUCCCUAUGGGAUCUACUGGACUGCGCUUUGCCACAUCGUUUGGUGCAAGGCAAGCAACAGCAUGGAUGACUGGCUAGAAAAGUCCCUUGACUACAAGGAGUACAGAAUUUUCGUACUUAAUACGUUUCACGAUGUUUCUAGGCUCCAAGGACCCAAGUCCUCCUGUACACCAACUGUCUGACUUGUGUAACAUUAGCAGCAACUUGAUCAUAACGCCAUGGAUUCAGGCAGCAGUAGAACGGUUUUACGAGAACAGCUGUCGAUUUAGGAUAAAAGCAAAUGCCUAUGUAUAAUUUUUUUGUCAUUAUACAUAGCAUACUUGUAAUCAAGUUUGAGUCUUGUUAUGGUAUGUACCCAGUCAAAGUACUCCAGUCAUCGUUUGACACAGUAAACCCAUUCAUGUCCUCACAUGGUCUUAAUCUCUAUUUUCCUAGUAUAUAAUCAAGUCUCAGACUACUAAGGUACCUACUUGAGGAUUUUGCACCAGUAUCAGACAGUUUCCAUGUGGUGAUUGGCGAUUAGGUAAUCGUUGCCCUUUCGGGCAACUUGUCAGGUGCUGUAUCCAAUGAACAAACCCAUAUACAAGUUUGGCAUUGGUUUGUAAUGAAACCUGGGAUUCUGCAGCUACUUGGAUGUAAAGUGAAUGAAACCUCAGAAUUGGAAGAUUACUAGGUAGGUACGCAGGUUUAUCGCUGAAUGGUUACCUAGUACUUUGAAUACAACGGUGUUAGAUCAGAAAAAAGUUCUUCUGAAAUCGACAGGAAAUUAACCUUAUUAAUCAGAUA